UCAACUUUGACCACCAAUUCUCGGGUCAAAUCAAAAUUCAAUUCAUCGGAUUCUCGUAAAAUAAAAAAUGUGCAGGUCGACGGAUUACCGGUGCCGCCUCGGCGGUGAUCGCCUCAAGAUCAAGGCAUUCUUCGUUCGGUUUUCGCAUCUUGAAUCCCUGAAUCCACUGCCGGACUCGCUCACUCUUUUCUACCUUCCUCGCAUUGACGAGACCGACCUGGAGAUCGACGGCCUUAAGAUUCGUCCGGACUCGCCGGCGUUUGUGACUCUUCAUCGAGUCGUCUCACCGUCGUUGCGGAUGAGGAAGGAUGUGGUGUUCGGGAGUAGAGAGCGAGUUCGAGCAAGCGAAGGUGUGCAGUUCCAGGUGUAUUUGAGGGAGGAGAAGGUCGUGCAGGGGAUUUUCAGGAGGUGCGACGAUGGAGAGUGGAGAUUAGAGUGUAAAUGCGCGCUUGAAUCUGACAUCGCCAGAUCAGCGGCAGCGGCAGCGGCGGUGGAGAUUUGUGUGGAUUUGGAGGGAGAGGUAGCGAUGUUUGAGAAGGUGGUGCUGAAAGUGAGAAGGAAGAAGAAGAGAGGUUUCUGUGCAAUGGAGGAGAUUCCGGAGAGGCGAGAAGUGGACGGUGAUUGCGAUGGAUGUGGUUGUUGUUGUGAGGUGGAUGGAGAUUCGUCGGUCGGCGAUUGCGGUAGUAGUGGUGGUGAUGAUGAUGAUGAUGAUGACGACGACGACGGCGGAGAAACGGAGGUAGAGGGGGCGUGGUGGGGCAUGGAUUUGGGGAUUUGGGCCGUGUGUUUAGGAGUUGGGUUCUUGGUCUCUAAGGCGGCCCACUCCAAAACAUUGAGGCGCAAGGGAAUAUUCUGAAAUCCUAGAGAUAAUAUUUUGUAAAUAUUUAGAAAAUAUUAGGAAAUGCAUAAUUACGAGUUGUUGAGGAAGUUCAUGAAUAAAAUUUUGUUGGAACUAAAUAAUUUUAGAAAUUUCUUAUCAAAUAUUG